UUCGCCACUCACUGGAGCGAGAGGCGCGCGGAAGACCUGUCAACGAAUUAUGAGUGUGGAUCGUAUAUUCGAUGAGCUUGGACACUUCAAAAGGUUCCAGGCAUGUCUGUACUUUGCUGCUGUCUUCCAGGCCAUAGCCUGUGGAAUCCAUUACCUGGCCUCUGUGUUCCUUGUGGAGAGGCCAAGCUUCGUCUGCGCACCGCCGGGUAACAUAACUGACGUCCUGUACGGGAACUACACAGGUGCUUCCCUGGAGGAGGUGCUACCGUUCUUUAAACCGGCGAACGGGCCCGUGGUGGUGCGGACCGCGGAGGGCAAACAGUGGGAGCUCAGCACCUGCCAACGAACCCAACGAAUUAACCCCAUAGACUUUACCUACGAGCAGCUCAUCAACAGGACGACAGAGAAGUGUGACGGGAACUACCAUUACGUGUAUGACCACAGCGAGGUGUAUCAGAGCAUCGUGACGGACUGGGACCUGGUGUGUGACAGGGAAUGGCUGGCCAAGCUGUGUCAGCCCACUUUUAUGAUUGGUGUGCUGGUCGGAGCGCUGGUGUUCGGGGACAUCGCUGAUAGGGUUGGCAGACGGAGGAUCCUGAUGAUCACCAGCCUGUGCCAGUUUGUGUUUGGUGUAAGCGUGGCAUUCACGGGGAACUACUACCUAUUUAUGGUCAUACGCUUCCUGCUCGCCAUGGUGUCUAGUGGCUACCUUGUGGUCGUGUUUGUGUACGUGACCGAGUUCACCGGCAACAAGGUGCGCACGUGGACCUCCAUGCACGUGCACGCCGCCUUCGCCGUGGGCGUCAUGAUGGUAGCGAUCACGGGCUACCUGGUGCGGACCUGGCGGAGCUACCAGAUCAUCCUCUCCACCUGCACCUCCCCCUUCCUCUUCUUCUGCUGGAAGUUCCCAGAGACGCCCUUCUACCUGAUGGCUAAGGGGAGGCUCCAGGAGACCCAGGUCCUGCUGGACUCCAUAGCCCGCUUCAACGGCCUGGAGCCUGGCCGCCUGAGGGCCGAGAACCUCCUGGAGCCCGAGGAGGCUCUGCUGGAAAAGGAGGUGACAGCGGGAGUAGCCCAGCCGGUGGAGCCCGAGAGGAAGCUGAGCAUCCUGGACCUGUUUGGGACGUGGAGGAUGGCAUGGAGGACAGUGACGGUGUGGGCCGUGUGGUUCAUCGGCAGCCUGGGUUACUACGUCUUCUCCCUGGGCUCCGUUAACCUGGGGGGCAACCAGUACAUCAACCUCUUCCUGGCUGGUGCGGUGGAGUUCCCCUCCUACCUGAUUGGCUGUUAUGCGAUGGACCGGGUGGGCAGAAAGAGGACAUGUGCCACGGCUCUGCUGCUGGCUGGAACGGCCUGCAUGCUCAUCAUUGUGGUGCCAAACGACAUCGAGGUGUUAGCCAUCAUCCUCAGUAUGACAGGGAAGUUUGCUAUUGCCAUAGCCUUUGGCCUCAUCUACUUAUACACCUGUGAGCUCUACCCAACCAUCAUCAGGUCCCUGGCGGUGGGUAGUGGUAGUAUGAUGUGUCGUGUGGGCAGUGUGGUGGCUCCUUUCUGUGUCUACCUGGCUGACAUUUGGCAAUACCUACCACAGCUGAUCGUGGGGAUCCUGGCAUUUAUAAUAGGUGUUCUGACCCUGUGGUUACCAGAGACCCUGGGUGAGCCCCUGUCCAGCACCAUGGAGGAAGCUGAAGCUCUAGGCAGGAAGAAGAGCCCCAAGGAGGGAAAUAAAGACCCUGAGGAAGGGUUGGAGAUUAACUUGAACCAGAGCAACUAGCUGGACGUCAAGCCUUGAGGGACACACCUCACCACCAACCAGAGAGAAGGAGGGGUCCACAGAUAGAGAGACGGGGAGAAAGUGGAGAGAGACUACUGGAAACGGUGCCAAGAAACCAACAAAAACAAACAACUGCAAAAACCAAGAACAUCUAAAUUAGACGUUUUGUGAUUAAAGUAUUUUUUGACAUUUUGUUCUGCUAAGUGACCAAUUUCAGAGCUGGUAUGCUCUGGUUGAGCCAGCCAACCUCUGAGUGCCUUGGCUGCAGCUGUUUACACAUAGACAGAGGGAAGUGAAGUGAAGGGGGUGUAUUCAUCACAUCUCAGUCUCCUGAUGAGAGCCACAUGAAACUGAGCCUCAUGAUCGGCAUUCACGUCAUGUGUGCCUUCCAAUCACAUCAACCAAUGAAUUUACACAUAACGAGACAAUCUUAAGUGGUGUGUGUGUGUGUGUGUGCAAGAGAUCGAGAGAGAGAGAGAGUGCAUGUGUGCGUGCGUCCCUGUGUGUUUGUGUGUGUGUGUGUGUCAGAUUUGAUAUUUCACUCACUGAGACUGUGAUUUAGUGCUCGAUUCAAUUAGAUCUGCUUUAGCCAACGGCGGUGUCAGAGGUGGAGCUGUGUUAGUGCUGUCAAAUCCAUUAUUAUUAUUAUUAUUAUUAUUAUUAUUAUAAGUUGCUCCUAUCAGAGAUACUUUUGAGGAAUGGGAAACUCCUUUGGAAUUGUAUUAACGGCCAUUGUGUACUUUGCCCAUGCGUUGUCAAUGGGCCGCGUGGAGCAUUCUGGGACAACAAGAGCUCUCCUUCAAAGAGUGAAUGGGAGUCAAUUGGGAACUUGUUCAAAAACCCAACAUUAGCAUGAAUUUUGUCAACAAGAAGUACAACAUUACAAAUCUUUUUUCCGAGAUGUGGGAUAAUUAACUUCUGUAAUAUUGUAUAGCUUUGGCAUGGUGACAUUACAUACUUUCGAGGAAAAUAGGCUGGUUUCUCGACUCAUACCCUGACUUUGAGAAGGAAUUGCGUGACAAUUAGUUUAGCAACCGCGUGAUGCAGCAUGACAAAAUGAACACAAUUGGUCAUCAGUAUGCUGGGUGGGGCGUUAUACAUUCCUCCAUUUAUUGACCAAUGGGAUUGCUAUCUCCUACUUUCUCUAAUAUCUCUGGCGUUAUACCUAAAGCGGACAUUGCCACUGGCUGCACGGAGUCGCAUUAACAAAAAUCCCAUGCAGCCUUGUUUACAAGUUUGAACACUGGAAUGUGAGAUGUAAUCUAGCCUACACCUAGAUUAGGUUGAUAGACAUCCUCAUUAUUUAGUUUAGUGAUUUUUCAAUUUGAGCAUAUUUAGCCUACACUUUCUUGUUCGGUACUUAUAACGUGAGUGGGGUGGGUGUGGCUCUCUGACACCGCCAAAACAUCCGCUAUGUGGGUGUCUGCUAUCGCUGGUUAGUGCUUGACCUGAUUGAAUCUAGGCCUUAGUUACCUCUAUUCAGCCCGAUAAUCAUCUAGUGCAGCUGUUUUUGCCUAUGUGUUACAGAUGAUGCUAUUGUUAUGUAAUUUUAAGUGUACUUUGUUUAUCUGAAGUCCUUACAAACUCGCGCACACACACACACACAUGUUUGUUUUACUAUCCUUGUGUGGACCAAACAAUUGAUUCCUAUUCAA